AUGGAGCUGCAGGGGCUGAAGAAGAGGAGGGAGAUGGUUUUGCAGGAGAGGGACAACAUCAUAAAGAAUCGCUCCCUUCUUGAACUCAAGCACAUGCGCAUGGAAAACAGCACAGAUCGUCGUUUGGCAGAGCUGGAGGGCCAAAUGAGAGCACUGAAGCAGGAGAGCAGUACUCUGAAGCCUUCAGCACAGCAGGGGGAUACUGAAGCAGCAAGGAAGCUGAUCAUUUCUCACAAUCAGUUGAAGGCCCUCGAGAAGUCCAGGAAAAGCCUGUUGGUCAGCAAGCCCCAAGACAGUGAAAUGGAGCUUUCUGCCCUGGACGAUCGUGUCGACAUACUCAGCGCCGAACUGGAGUACCUGAAUGAUGCCAUUGCAGAGCGACUGAGGAUGGUGUCCAGCGCCUCCCUGGCAGCAGAGGGCAUCCAGUGCUGCGUGGCAUGUCUGAGCUCCGAAGAGGCGCAUGGUGUGCUUGAGCACUGCCUCAUGCAGCUGGUGCAGGUGCUGCAGGAGCAGAAGCACAAAGCAGACAAGAUUGCCCGUUUGGAGGCUGCUGUGGUGGACAAGACCCACCAAGUGGACGUGGCAGAAAGCAACCUGAAGGUGAAGCACAAGGAGCUGGAGCGCCGGCUGCGAGAAGUUCAGAGGGAGCAUGCUGUCAAGGUGCAGGGCCUCCUGAGGCAGAUCAAGGUGCUAUCAAGGGAGCAGCCACUGCCCCUGCCUGGCCGUGUGGAUGGGAGUGCAUCUGGGAGAGGCAACGGAGGCGAGGCCAGCCCUGGGAUGUCAUCAUGCACAGAUGCUGAGCAGGAAGCAGCAUUCUACAAACAGCAGGCUGAGCAGCUCAGCAAAGACAAUUUCUACUACAAGCUGAGAAACAAGGAACUGAAGCAGAAGCUGAAGGGAAUGCAGGCCGAGGGAAGCAGCGGUGAUCAGGCGUCCACGCAGGCAGACGCCGCGGCAGGCAAGAGGCCCGACGCCAAGGUCAUGACUUCGGACCCGUCUUUCGACGUCGAGCUGGACCACUACAAAGCCCACCUGCGUAAAGUGGGGACCGUCGUGAGGCUGUCCAAAAGCCAGCUGCUGCCGCUGUCGAAUGGCCAGGUGGACAUGGUCAAGGCAUCUGCUCGACGGAGGCAUGCACGUUCGUCAACAAACGUCAGCAACAACCCGCAUUUGGCGCUGUGUUGA